CUCCGGCGUGGAAUUCGAUCUCCGCCGUGGGAGCAAAGUAACAGGAACAAAGGCCAUUCUUUGAAAUUGUGUAACUUUCGGUUGAGAUGUGUUUGAAAACUAUUUAGCCCGCGCUGGUGUCCUUCUAUAAAAUGUAACAACACCCCGAAGACGGCAUUCGCAUAAAAAAUAGACACAAAAUGUCGCUAUUUUCGAUAAAGCGACGUAUCCUGCUGCUGGUGUUGCUUUUUUCGGGUCCACUGGGAAACGCACCUUUCAGAGGAGCACAGGUGGCGAUAGCACAAAACCCAAAGCAGACAAGCCGUGACCGCCAAAAUCCGACGGAGUGGCGGCGUUACUGGGAGUGGGAUCCCGCGUGGGAAUCCAAGGUGAUUCAGCCGCCGCCGCAGACGACGUCACGCGAAUUCGAUGACCUUUACCCGGACGCCGACGGAAGUCCCCUGCCGAAAUCGAGUGGCCCGGAAAUAAACAACCAAUUGGACGCUGACUAUUUCCCGCCGUAUCCGGAGCUGCUCGAUAGACAAUGGCAUUUGCAGAAUCUCAAGCAACUGCAAGUCCAGCAGAAGUGGCAAUCUCCGCCGGCAGCGUUGGGCAAGCGAGCCCCUAUUCAAUGGCCUCCACCGGAGGACUCUGAGGAGCAGCAGCCUCCGGAGGGAGAACCGCGAUAUCCUUUCGCCUACGCCCACACUUUGCCCUGGAAACGUAAACAGGUCUCGCAACCGCAGAAGCUCCGAUACAAGCCAUCGAUCAGUGCUGGAGCCAUGACCAAUCUGGGCGACUUCUUCAACCAACUGGAGGCGAACGUGCGCUUUGCGGAGCAGUCGCAACUAGGCGAGUCGGAGACCCGCCUUCUGGAGGGCAAACAUCCGCAUCCUAUGGUCCUGCAGGUGCUGCCAACCAAGGCCCCCAUCGAUGCCGCCCAGCAGGAGGAGCAGGACCUCAAGACAUCCAAGCUGUUGCACGCCCUGCGCUCCUAUAGGCCCUCGCAGAAGAUUCGAUCACUGGUGUCGCGCAACCCGCAAGGCUAUCGUGGCUCCCAGUUCAUCGAUCCCAGCUACAUGUGGCUGGGUCUGGGCAAAUGACAGUAAUCCCAAUCACCAAACACUCAACGCAACCCUCCAUCCAACACUACCUGAGUAGCUGCAACGAACGCUCUGGCCCCGUUUAGAAUUUAAUCCUUUUGUGUAUAUUUGUGUGUGUAGAAAAUAUUAUUAAAAUGCA